AAACUGAAACCGUAGAAGUAGAAGAAAAUCAUAACCCGAGCUAAAACCUGAGUUGUAGCUUGAAUGAUAUACCACGUCAGUCAAUUUAAUUAUUAUUUCAACACUCGACAUCAAGUCUGUCUAUUUGUUCUUCUCUCUACGAGUUUUCAAGGAGAAGCUGCCGUCAAAGUGGCGGCUUUUUAUUUCGUAAAAUCACUGCAAACUGCUGGCUGCAGAUAGCGAGUGUACAGUCAGUAGCUGAGCGACAACAAAGAGACUGGAGCUGCACACUGCUGGCAGUGGUGCUGAAAGUGUUUUUCUUACAUUUCUUACAUUAAUCUGGCUGAUAUGACUGGGGUGGCCUCUCCAGAGAAGGCGUCAGGCUCCAAGAAGAAGAGCGAGAGGAAGUGUGCCAGCAAAGAGGAGUAUAGACAACUAUCUAGCAUCAUGGGAGUGAUGAACAACCUGAGGAAACAGGGUACGCUCUGUGAUGUGACCCUGGUGGUUCAAGGGAAACACUUUCCUGCCCACAGAGUUGUGUUGGCUGCUGCCAGUCACUUCUUCAGCCUCAUGUUCACCACGAGAAUGAUGGAGUCGAUGUCCCAUGAGGUGGAGCUCAGGAGUGCUGAGCCUGAAAUCAUUGAGCUCUUGAUUGAAUUUAUCUACACAGCUCGGAUUUCAGUGAACAGCAGUAAUGUCCAAUCAUUGCUCGAUGCAGCCAACCAGUACCAGAUUGAGCCUGUGAAGAAGAUGUGUGUGGAGUUCCUCAAAGGACAAAUUGAUGCAACAAACUGCCUUGGUAUUUCCACCCUGGCAGACUGUAUGGACUGUCCCGAGCUGAAGGCAGCAGCAGAGGACUUCUUCCAGCUCCACUUCACUGAAGUCUACAAACUGGACGAGUUCCUGCAACUGGACGUCACACAGCUCACACAUCUGCUGCACCAGGACAAACUCACUGUCCGUGCUGAGGCCCAGAUUUAUGAUGCAGCAGUGCGCUGGCUGAAGUACGAUGUGUGUAACAGACAGCAGUACAUUGUGGAGGUGUUGGGGUGCGUUCGCUUUCCUCUGGUCUCCAAAACAUUCCUCUCCAAGACAGUGCAGGCUGAGCCCCUCAUCCAGGACAAUCCACAGUGCCUCAAGAUGGUCAUCAGUGGGAUGCGCUACCACCUGCUGUCCCUGGAGGAUCGAGAGGAUCUGGGAGAGAGCAGCCGACCACGACGCAAGAAGCACGACUACCGCAUUGCUCUGUUUGGAGGCUCCCAGCCUCAGUCCUGCCGUUACUUCAACCCUAAGGACUCCAGCUGGACAGACAUCCGUUGUCCCUUUGAGAAGCGGCGAGAUGCCACAGCCAUCUUCUGGGACAAUGUGGUCUACAUCCUGGGUGGCUCACAGCUCUUCCCCAUCAAGCGAAUGGACUGCUACAAUGUCCUGAAAGACAGCUGGUACUCCAAGCUGGGUCCACCCACACCUCGCGACAGCCUGGCAGCCUGCGCCGCCCAGGGCAAGAUCUACACAUCCGGGGGAUCAGAAGUGGGCAGCUCUGCCCUCAACCUCUUCGAAUGCUACAACACAAGAACAGAGUCGUGGCAGGUAAAAACCAGCAUGCUGAUGGCCCGCUGCAGCCACGGCUCAGUGGAGGCCAACGGGCUCAUCUACGUCUGCGGAGGAACGGUGGGCAACAAUGUGUCCGGCAGGGUCCUCAACAACUGUGAAGUUUACGAUCCCAACACGCAACAAUGGAGGGAGUUAUGUGGGAUGAGAGAGGCCAGGAAGAACCAUGGGCUGGUGGUGGUCAACAACAGGAUCUAUGCUGUUGGAGGGCAGGGGGCAAUUGGUGGACUGGACUCGGUGGAGUACUAUGACAUUGCCAGCAAUGAGUGGCGUGCUGCUACAGCGAUGCCAUGGCGAGGCGUAACGGUGAAGUGCGCAGCGGUCGGUGAAGUUAUCUAUGUGCUGGCAGGGUUCCAAGGUGUGGGACGGCUUGGACACGUCCUAGAGUACCACACUGAUACGGACAGGUGGGUGACCUGCAGUAAAGUGCGAGCGUUUCCCGUCAGCAGCUGCCUGAUCUGCGUGGUCGACACGUGUGGAGUCAACGAAGACGAAGACAUGGACCUCAUAGACUCUCAGUCACACGCAGCAUCUGCUGCUUCUUCAUCUGCAUCAACAUCAGCAUCCUCAUAGCACAAGGGGAGAAUUCAGUUAAUAUUAAGUUGUGCCAUUUGUGGACUGUUGUGUGUGCUGCAUUUGACUAUGGAGCUGACUUACAUAAGGCAAGGCCAGACUUUUCAUACCCUUACAGCGCAUACUGAUGUAUGUAUGUAUGUACUUAUAUAUACUUAUGAGAAUAUUCAUGUGUGAAUAUUCAUUCAUGUGUAUUUAAGCAGUAAACUGGUGUUGUUCUUAAACUAUAUCCAGCCAUUAAAUUUCUCUGUAAAUGUUAGCUGGGCCAGAAUUGCAGGUCAGUAUGUUAAAGUGCUAGUACACAAUUUUAUGUUGACUUUUAAUGAGAGAGGAUAGUUAGGCUGGAUGCUCACUCAUUUAAGAAACCCCCCCACAAAAAAAAGACUCAAUACAGUCUGAUUUUAUGGAGCAUGUAUAAACAUUUUAUUUUCAGCCAUAUGUGGAUACGAGGAAAAAAUAGUGUGAUCAUUUAGGAAACACGCUGAUGAGUUUAAUUUCUAUAUUUUGAAAUACAUAGAGAAGUAAAGUCAAGCACCAAUUUCAUAAAUAUUCUUCUUGAGGCAAAUGCUGAAAUAAAAACGAGAUUUCAUGAGUUGCUCAUUAAGAAUGACA